AUGGCUGCUAUGGACGAGCUGAGGAGAGAGCACGAACUGCUACCUAUUCUCCUAAAGGGUGAAUUUGUAGUUGUUGUGGACCUUGAGCAUAAUCGCAUAACCACAACCGAGGAAAUUCCAGCCGUGCCAGAGCCAGAACAUAGUUCUUUGCGUGAUGAGAUAAUGAAGUUAUUGUAUCCAAAUGUUGUGGGGAUAGACCAAAUGAAAGCCAAUCUUGGGAAUUCAUCUGAGCAACAUCUAAGAGCUAGCAUCAAGCCUUGGGGAGAAGAUCAUGACCUUCAACUUAGGUUUAUAUUCCUGAAGUUCUUUGCAUCAGUGUUAGGUGGAUACCGCAAUUUCAUGGAAAAUACAGCAACUCAUGUUUUCAACACUCAAGCAUUUUUGAAGAAGCGCUCUCGGUCAACCAACCAACCUCUAGAUCCCAUGAUAACACAGUUUUUUGACUCCCAAGGUUUCUUGGAUUAUUUAGAGAGAGGUCUAGGUUCUGAAGAAAACAAUAACAGUCUUCUUGACAAAUUACAAGAUGCAAUUGGGAGAGGUCAAAAUCCUCUAUCAAUUCUUCCCUCGCUAUCGACUGAGCCAGAGAUCAUAACUAUAUCUGAUCCUGGUGUCGGAAUGUCGGGAUCUGGUGCCAAAUAUAGUUAUGACAGGUUUCCUUCUAACAUCAGAGCAGAAGAGCAGGAAGAGAAGAGGAAGCAGAUUCUAGCAGCUGUAGUUGGUGCUGUUGAGUAUUCAGGAAAGCAAACUCCUAGUUCCCCUUCUGUGCUUGUGGGUAAUGACUCUAAAGCUCAAAGCCUCAGUCCGAGGGAGCGGGCUGCUGAACGUGAGCGCAUGGUGUUAGACAUAAAAGUGAAGCUGCAGGUUAAACACUUCUAG